CAAAAACCUCACAUUUCACAACUUAAACUCCACAGUUUCCAGACCCACACUCAAGAGGGAGAGGAAAUUGGGAAAGAGCCAUGGAGAAUAUGAAUCAUGACCACAUGCAUGGCAUGAACAACCAAUCAUCUGGCGGGAUGAUGCACCGUCACAGGAUGAUGAUGCACAUGACCUUCUUUUGGGGCAAGAACGCUGAGAUUCUCUUCUCAGGGUGGCCAGGAACAAGAACAGGCAUGUACGUUUUAGCCCUGAUAGUUGUCUUUCUGCUUGCUUUCAUGGUUGAAUGGAUCUCUCACUCCCAAUUGAUCAAGCCUGGCUCAACACGCCAUGUGGCUGCUGGUCUUGUUCAGACUUUGUUGCAUGCUUUGAGGGUUGGUCUUGCAUAUUUGGUGAUGUUGGCUAUCAUGUCUUUCAAUGGAGGUGUUUUCUUGGCUGCUGUGGCUGGGCAUGCUCUGGGGUUCUUGUUAUUUGGCAGUAGAGUUUUCAAGAAAUCAUCUGCCCCUGUUCCUGGAAAAACAUCUGAUCUUCCUCCCAUGAGUUGUUGAAUACAAGAUUUGAUUUCAGUUCUUGCUGGUGUUCGGACUUGUUCCUUGUGAUCUUUGAAAGCUAUGUACAACUUAUGUUUUAUUUUUUUUCUUCAAGUUGGAUUCUUAAUCUUAAUCUAUGCUUUGCUCUAUAUUUGCUUUUCAAUUGACAAAAAAUGGAAUCUAUAGAUUGCUGAAAAAAUAUGGAUUUUUUUGCCCGUUGAUAUCUUUUGGCCUAUUAGGAUGAAAAUUUGGUGAUUUUUCCAGGCUAUUACCAGAUUAAGUACUAUGAAUCACAAUGUAAGAGUCCAUUCAACAUUUAUGCCUAAUGAAUGUGGGGUUUGAUGAUUGACUAUACAAGUCUGCAAUCUUAUUCCUAAGGAUGUGAUUUCAUCAAGGCAACCAGGAAGUUGCAUGUCAUGUCAUUGUUAAAGGGUACAAAGCACCCAGGAUUUGGCCCUGGUGGAUUCCCCUGUUUCUCCAUUCACCUUCACACAAUUCCAUUCAAGUUCUUUCUCAAACAGAUGUUUGCAAUUAGCAGUGGCCAUCCCACCACAAUCCUUGGAUUAUUACUAGCUGUGCGUGUUUUCUAGUUGGAAUGCGGUUGUACUGUCUUUUAGACAGGAAUGAUUGCAAACUUGUCAUGUAUUAAAGUAUUGUAAAACUCCUCUAAAAGAUUGUUGAAAUUUGUACAAAAUUUGUAGGGUAUUCCUUGUUUUUGAAUGCAAAUGUUAGAUUUUUG